AUGGCUGAUGUUCCGCCUCCAGCUCCGGCCCCGCCGGUUUCAGCGUUAGCUUUGGUCCCGCCUCCAACACCUCCACCAGGCCCUCUAACAUAUCGCGAGCGGCUGGCACAGUUUCGGAUCCUGGAAGAGAAGAGAAUCGAGUUAAUCGAGGAACUGCUUGACAAGCUUGAGAAGACCGAAGCCCGACUUGCGCAGACUGAGCUGGACCUCAACUCAGAACAGAACGUCCGUCGAACACUGCAGUCUGAGGUUCAUGAGGCGAAGACAAGAGAAGAUGCGCUUGCACAGAAACAGGCUAAACGUCCUUUCGUCCUGGUUCUCAUCGACGUAGACGCAGAAGGCUUCCUUUUCCAGGACAAAUACAUCACGAGAAAGGCUCAAAGUGGUGAGGCCUUAGCUGAUGAGCUACUCAUCCGAACACGAGAGUACUUGAGACCACAAUUCGAAGAUGCAGACAGUUUGGACAUUAUCGUACGGGUGUAUGCCAAUCUUGAAGGGUUGGCCAAGUUCCUGGUACGCCAAGACAAAAUUAGCAACCUUGGCUCACUGCGUGCUAUGUCGACAGCAUUCAGUGGACGUAUAGCAAGCUUUGAUUUUGUAGACGUUGGGGUUGGAAAGGAAGGAAGCUCCGGACGAAAGAUACGAGAAAACCUCUCAUUUUUCACCGCGAACUCCCAUCUGCGGCACGUCAUUGUUGGCUGCUCGCCUGUCGAUCUCCCAGCUGCUCUUCUGUCAAGUCUUCCCCUUGACAAGGUCACGCUGAUUGAGUCUAUACCGCUACCUCCGUCACUCACCACACUCCCCCUGAAGGUCACGAAAUACAACACCUUGUUCCCUCCUCCUCCAUCACCCAAAUCGCCGCGACCAACAGGACGUAAUGGGCCGCAACUCCAGCUUAUGCAGCAAGAAGACGAGAGUGGAGGUCAGACUUGGCUUGUAAUUCAACCUGAGAGAAGCGAUAGCCGAGGCCAUGGUAAAUCUGGCCGGAGGGGAAAGAGUGAAGACGAAGCAUCGAACAUUAGCAUCUCGAUUGGUCCAGACAAUAGCCUGAGCGUCGACAGCGGCCACAGAAGGCGAAUCAUGAGAUGA